AUGUCAAGACACCAAGAUGAUCUUGACCUCCUUCUCUCUCUUCAAGACAGGGUUUUGGAGACUCCUCCUGCUUCUCCUUCACCAGGGUACCUGUCUGAUGAUGGAUCUCCAAGGCAAAGAGGUCAAGUGGACAUGUCUGCUUUUAGAAAUGUUGUGCAAGACUGUCUUGAUUAUGAGCCAAAACCAGUUGAGAAAUCUGGGAAGUUGAACCAAUCAAAGAACUUAAACAAUCCCGAGGUUGAGAAGUUUUCCGGGCUACGAAUUAGGAGCCAAGUGGUCACCCCUGCAGAGCUUAGUGAGCGCUUUUCAGAUAUCCGAUUUGUUCGAUUAUCAACUAUAAAGAAUUUGUUGGCUGGAGACACUCUUUCAGGUUGUUGGGCAACUGUUGGAGUGUUGACUGAGAAGGGCUAUCCAAAGACUAGUUCUAUCGGGAAGAACUAUUCUAUAUGGAAAAUUGGGUGCUUAGAUGAGAAUACCAUAUCUGUAUUUUUGUUUGGUGAUGCUUAUCAGCAGAACUUGAAAGAGCAGGCUGGAACAGUUUUUGCACUGUUUUAUUGUACUGUACGCAGAGACACCAAGGGACCAGGUUUUUCUUUGACUGUGACCUCUCCAAGUCAAAUCCUUAAGAUGGGUACUUCAGUGGACUAUGGGGUUUGCAAGGGGAAAAGGAAAGAUGGAAUGGCGUGUACAGUUGUCAUAAAUAAACGUAAAGGAAUAUAUUGCAAAUAUCAUAAAGUGAAAACAUCAGAUAAAUUUUCCACAAUGCGAACUGAAUUGAAGGGAGGGAACUUAAGAACAGCAUUUAGGGAUCCUUACAAGCCGGAAGGCAUUUACAUGGUUGACCCUCUAGCUGACAGAUCAAAUUUAACUAAGUCCAAGAAGCCAGUGAAGUUGCUGUCAGUUGAAGCACUCAGAAAUGCUUUAAGCAAUGCAGGUAAAGUGACAACAAAUAUACAUUCACAAGGAAUAAGAUUUCUUAAUGAAGUCGCAGCUGCAGGGGAAAUGGGCUCAAAAAGUGCAAGGGCCGAAACUAUAAUGCCAGGUCAACAAAAAACUAGCUUAGACAAGAGGAAAUCAUCUACUGCAAAACCGAAUCCAUCUGUUGUAAAGCAACAAGCAGAUACCAAAAGAAAGAAAACUGAUGUGGGCCAAGCAUUGAUGGACAAAACUAAGCAGGGAACAGGAAAGAUGAUUGAAUUAAACUAUUUUAGUUCAGACGAAGAAAUUUGAGUAUUCCUGUUAAUCCUCACCACCUUGCUGCACCAGUUCUAUUUUAGGGAAGUUAAAUCACAACUUAGUAAGUUGUCUUUUAUGGUUUAAAACCGUGCCUAAUUGUUGAGGAAUUAUCUACUAGUGAUUAUUCUCUUGGUCAAAGUUUUGAGGACCCCAGAUGAUGCAGUUCAGGAUUGAAGGUGUAAGUUCUGAUGUCUAAUUAUGGUAAUUAAUUCUGCAGAGAAGAGCUUGUAGUGAUAAGCACAGACUAGUUGAGCAAGUUGAAGUCCAGAGCUGUUUGAUUGGAAGAUUAUCCUGAUUGUCAUUCUUUAUGAUUUAAGGAAACAUUGGACGCUGUAUAUUUCUUUAAGAUUUAUUUAACCCCCUCAAACAAUUUGAUUGUCCAGCCCAAGAAUUUUUUUU